AUGCUAUAAAUGUACAGUAAUGUAGUGCAGGGUCACUGCAUGUCAUCCUGAGGCCAUGCAUACAAAGAGCGUCAAAUGUCCAGUGACAGCGGAGAUGUAACGUACUUAACGAAUUUUCUGUGGUAUUUCCAACGAGAUGUCCUACUAAUCACGCAACGCGUAUUAACGCUCUCGACUGUUCAAGCGGUACCUCAUCUACGGCGCAAUUCUAAGAGAAAGAAAGCCUUAUCGCGAAAAACUUGAGGAAACCAGAUUUUACCAUGCUUGAUUUAUUUUCCCGCACCACAUUCCUACUGGUGUUCUGCAGUAUUCCCUACCAUCUGUGCCAAAAUCCGACGACGUGCAAAGUUCCAACGGUGCCUCCAAUAAUUUUUCACGAUCCCAUUGAACAUGCAGGGGUAUGGUACGAGUAUUCGGCGUAUACACCAGGUAUCAUUGAUUAUCAAUGUACCAACAUCUUUAUUCCACUUGGCGCCGGAAUCGAGAACGGUGUGCCCUAUAACUGGACCAUAUCGUUCCGCAUGAAAGUACCAAACAAAGAUCCAGAAUGUAUUGGUAUCUGCUCCGUUUCUAACAUAACUGGAGACGGAGUACGAGCAUCAGCCACGUGGUUUCCGGAUUUUGGUGCUUUUCUCACCGGUUCCGGGCCAGGAAAAGCUCCAUCGUUAGCAAACGUGCGGUACUUCGUUCUGUACAUGGACCCGUUCAUGCAGAUAGUCUACAGGUGCAACAAUGCUAGCGGGGAUUCUUGUAGUCAGCCGUUUUUCUUUGUGAAUAUUCGUUCAAAGCCUACCGAAGCCAUGCCGCAUUUGGCGACUUAUAUAAAUAAAACCACUGACAAUGUUCUCGCGCCAUAUUGUUUUUCGAGCAGUAAUUUUACGCUGACCGAUUGGACCUCUAAUAUCCCGCCCUGCCUGCCACAAUGGGAUGCUAACUACACCGACUGCCAGAAUCUGAUUGAGAAAACUCGACAGAAAUCCUCUUUUGAUGUUUGGAGCGCCAUCAAAAGGAUGCACAGACAGCAGCAACGACUCCUUCAUCUGGUUUAGUGCAGUACCGGUCAACAUUCGCACAUGUGUCGGCCACUUUAAUCAUUUUGUUGAUAAGCCGGCUAUAAGGGCGAACGUCAUGGUUGUUUUGAGGCAGUAUUUUAUCUUGUUUUAUCUGUAACAUUGCUUACGUAUGUCUGACGUUUUGCAUUUAAAACUGCACGCUUCUUUCCCUUAUAACAUGUAAUAAAAAAAUCUCCCUCG